AUGUCGCUUCUCGAUGGUGCCGAGCAGCACCCUCUGCUACACACAAACGAUAACUUGCGGCCGAUUAAGGACGAUCCCGUUCAAGAGUUCUUUGUCAUCAAGCAGGAGGCAAGGCUGGACGUGAAUUUUCGCGAGCGAAGAAUCGAUGGCACUGUUGACAUUUAUAUCGUCAUUUUUUCCGAUAAUGUCGAGGAGAUUCAUCUCGAUGCAGCUCACUGCGAAAUCGACACCAAUAAUGUGACCAUAACCGAAAUGCGAGAAGCCCACGGAGAAGCGAUUGAGGGACAAAAACAAAAGGUACCUGCCGAAUAUCAGGAUCCGUACCAGAGACUUUCCCAUUCCAAGGGCUGGAACUGGAGAGCCGAACACCAUGACCUUCGUCGGAGAAGAGCCCGAAACGUCUUCCACAACCGAAAGACCGAUGUCCCCGCCGAGAAUAGAGAGAUCGAGGGAUGCACACCAGUCUACGGGUCAUUGAAGGUCAGUCUUCGUGGGGGGAAGGACAGCGAGCGCCCCAAGUUGAUUAUAAGGAAAUCCGCUUUGAAUGUCGAUGGCGCCAACAAGGGACACAAGCAGUUCAAAGUUACUGUCCCCUUCACCAACAAGAAUCCUCGCGAUGGCCUGCAUUUCGUUGGAGAGGAUGCCCUUGACAAUCGGUACACACACAUGUAUACGCGACAUUCGAUUCAACCGGGAACAGCAUCAUGCAUCUUUCCUUGUGUUGACGAUCAUGGCGCCCGUUGUGACUGGAGGAUCUCAAUACGAUUUCCCCGAACUCUCGGAGACGCGCUCGAGCAAGCGUUGGCUACCCAAAAGGACACCACGGUCAAUGGAGUUGACAAGUCCCAUGAUCACGAUGACCGCAAGAUGAUGCUGGCAGAAGAAGACAAGCUUAGAGAAAUGACUGUUGUUUGUUCGGGGUUCCUCAUGGAGGAGAUGAUUGACCCUCAAAAUGACCACAAGAAGAUCAUGACCUUUGAGCCAGAAAAGAAGGUAUCAGUACAAAAAUUGGGAUUCGCUAUCGGGCCCUUCGAGCAUAUAGACCUGUCAUCUGAAUUUAGAACAGAGGAGGAUGAAGUCAAGCUCGGCGUGAGCGCCUUGAAGGUCCAUGCCUACUGCUUGCCUGGCCGCGCCGACUGGGUACGCAGUACAGGGGCAGCUUUGACAAUGGCAGCAGAUUUCCUGACCUACACCUUUGCUAAAUACCCCUUUGGCAACUUCAAAAUCUGUUUUCUCGAAGACAUGGUGGAGGACACUGUACCAUUGCACUCUCUGGCAUUUAUCAGCACGCGCCUGCUGUUCCCAGAGGAAAUCAUCGACACCGAAAUCGAAACAACCAGGAAAAUCGUCUUUACUUUGACCUACCAGUGGAUCGGCAUUAAUAUGAUACCCAAUACCCGCAAUGAUCUCUGGCUUGUUCUUGGCAUUGCGCAUUACAUGACUGAUUUAUUCAUGAAGAAGCUCUGUGGAAACAAUGAACAUCGAUUCCGUAUGAAGAUCAUGUCGGACAAGCUGGUCAAUGUCGAUAUCGAUCGGCCGUCGUUAUUUGAUCUUGGUCCAAACUUGCACCUGGGAGAGUUCGAAAUGGAUUUUAUGUCCUUGAAGGUGCCUGUGGUCUUCUUUAUUCUCGACAAACGAAUGAUUAAAGCCUCUGGUGGCCAUGGUCUGACGAGGAUACUUCAAAAAUUCUUGACCAAGGCACAGAUCGAAAGCAGUGAUCGUUCCACUAUUCUGGAUACUGAGAAAUUUAGAGCUGUUUGCGAGAAGGGCUCACGGUAUCGGCUGGAGGCCUUUUGGAACCAGUGGGUAUAUGGCUCAGGCUGCCCUAGAUUUGAAGUCAAGGCAAAAUUCAACAAGAAGAGGCUUUGCGUGGAGUUGACUCUUAAUCAGAUACAACACCAAGCAGCCAAGAGAACGGGGGGUCUGGAAAAGGACGACUUUUUGCGGGUUGUUAAAGAACGACGAGCCGGCCUGAAGUUGGGAGAGGUACAGCCAUUGUUUACUGGACCCAUGACUGUGCGGAUCCACGAAGCUGAUGGCACUCCCUAUGAGCACAUUCUCGAAAUACGAGAGGAUGCCACGCGAUCAACAAAGUUUGAAAUCCCCUACAAUACCAAGUAUAAGCGACUCAAGCGUACACGACGCAUGAAGGAAAAACAUAGUGGUGGUGGGAGCAUGGAGAUCACCGAGAAUGCAGAUGAUGCGUUACUUUAUUGUCUUGGAGACGUACUUCAGACCCCGGAUGAUCACAGGGAUUGGGAACUGAUAGAAUGGGACCCAGAGACGGAGCGAAAGAUGGAUCAAGAGUCUUAUGAAUGGAUCCGUGUUGAUGCCGACUUCGAAUGGGCGUGCGAUAUGAAGCGCACUCUCGAGCCGUACAUGUACGUUUCCCAACUACAACAGGAUAGGGACGUGGUAGCACAGCAAGACGCCAUGCUCUAUCUCACCCAUGGACCACUCCACCCCAUUGCCUCCGGUUUCCUUGUCCGAACCUUGAUUGACCGACGGUACUUUCAUGGUAUCCGGACAAUGGCUGCCGAAGCAUUACCGCGGCAAUCGAAUAUUAAGGGAAUCCCGCUGCUAGGUUUGAGACAGCUCAUGAGGGCAUUCCGCGAAAUGUUCUGCUACGAACAGACCAACCAGCCAAUUCCAAACGAUUUUACAGACAAAAAACAGUAUAAUGUUAGGCGCGCUAUCAUUAAAGCCAUCUCCGAAGUUCGGGACCACACCUACCGCUGUCCGCUGGAAGCGCGCCAGUUUAUCUUGAACCAGCUCUUGUUCAACAAUAACGAAGACAACCCAUACUCUGAUCACUUCUACAUCGCCACCCUUGUCGAAGCUCUUGCCACAUCUCUUAUUCCAUCCAAGAAGGACGACUGGCUUUCUCGUCAGAGUAAAGCACCGGAUGAAGAGGAGCGUUUGUUUCUCGAGAAAGCCAUGGAACAGAUCGAACGAGUCCUGCGACGCGACGAAUGGACCAACUCAUACCAGAAUGUGUGGACCAUUGCUGGCCUGGACGCAAAACAACGACUUAUGAAGGCAGAGGUCAUCCCGAAGAGCUAUCCUGAUUUCGCCCAAUAUCUGUUGGACGGGAGCCGGGAUUUGAUCCGUAUCAAGGCCUUUGAGGCUCUCAUAGACUUGGGAGCCAUGAUGGAAGCAACCUUCUUCACUUUCUUUCUCUUUGCACUCAUGACGGACAAAUCCCCAUUCGUUCGCAACAAGCUCAUUCAAGCGAUGGCCAGCGGUCUUGCCGCAAUCGCCUUUGGAGAACAUACCAAGAUCGUUAAGAACGAACCGACCACAGACGAUAUCGAAGAGACGCUUCUCUUGGUGCAGGAUAGUGCCCAGGAGAUUGAAGCGAGGAAGGAAAGGAUUGCCCGUAAAGAAAAUCUUGAUGCUGCUCUGAAGGCUUUGCGAAAGGAAAUGGAUGAGAUGUACGUCAAGGACGAAAGAUUUUACAGCAAUGCAAUGCGCAAGGCUCUGGAUCAUCCUGGCCUAGGACGGAACGAAGUAGAGAGCUUGUUGGACCUGGCGGCUAUGAUGUUUGAGGAAACCCAGGGCUGGGUGUUGACGCUCAAUCUACCCAAGGCAUGGAAGGUGGAGAGACAUGCUCAGAGGCUGGCUGAUCGACUUAUUGUGAACUUCAAGUCACACUAUAAAACACAGCCCAAGCAUCCCAUCACUUUCCCUGACGUUCCCGAAGUUCCUCGACCGGCCCCUGUUCCUAGAACGUCGUCCAUCAAAAUCAGCACUACCAAGGUGUCUACACCGCAACGACCUAUUCCUGCUCCACGCAAGAGCGAAACCGAUACGAUUGUCGCAUCAUUGGCAUCAAACACCAAUGGUACGGCGACGAAGGCUACCAAUCUAGGAAACGGCGCGACGCCUGCGUCAGCCGCACCCAAACGACCUCGGCCAGAGAAUGAUGGCGGCACUCCUGUACCAAAACGUCCAAAGACAGAGUCAUCUUUCACCAACGGUGACAAGGUAUCCAAGAAGAGGCGUAUGGUGACGCUGAAGACGGGCAACCCUAAGCGUUUGGCUGUAAUACUUGGAUUGCCAUUGGGCCUAGCGCCGGUUGCAAGAACAGCCCUUCCUACUGGACCCCCCAAGGAAGCCGUACUGGGAAGUUCCAAGGACAGCAUUACUGCCAAGCCUAGAAAACCGCUACCUUCAGGCGAAGUUACGCGAAAACCACUGCCGGGGACUGCUUCUCCUGUCCCACAGUCAACGCCAAAGGUGUCUAUUGACACCAAGGUUGCAACACCAUCGGCUGGCAAAGCUAGUAGCCCCCCUGCUUCUGCGACACCAGUCAGCGCGAGGCCAAAGAUCAAGAUCAUCCGAAAGCCACAGCCGCCGCCGCCGACGUCCUAG